AACUUAUCCAUUUUGAGCAGCUUUUCUGGUGAUUAGGUGAAAGAGUGAUCUGGUACAUUUAGUCUCUUUGAACCCAAAUUGCUAUUUUAAUUUGAACAGGAAAAAAAUAGUGUGGUCAUGGUUAAUGUUCUGACAUGGGACCCUCGGGGAGCCCUUGAACCUGUGCUGAGCAGUGGAACUCUCUGUGGACUAAAUGAUAAAUUAUAGCAAAGCUCUUGAUCUUGUUUCAAACUAAUUGAUUCAGACAUGGAUUGAUAUGAAUAAUCCCUUUCAGUCAUGUGAUCCAAAAUAGCCCUUGUGCUGAAUCCCAAUCCAGUAGAGCACCUUCAGCUGGCAGGCUGAGUUUACUUUUACACUUUGGUAAACAUUGACACUUUUUACUCCUUUAUUUUUCUUCAGAGUGUCAUUAUUUGGUGUUGUAUCAUCAGUUUGCGUAGCUUAAAGGUUUAUUGGGAUGUCUGGAUCAGGAGGAACUCCAGGAAACUAAAACAGCUAUAUGUGAUCAUGGACAUUUUUGGUUGAGAAGUAGAGCUUGUGUGUUUUUUGUUUUCAUUUUUCGUGAUGGGUCAGCGGCUCAGCGAUGAUUCGGACGAAAAAGAGAUUGAUGUUGCCGAACUGCAGGAGUGGUAUAAGAAGUUUGUGAUUGAAUGUCCGAGUGGAACCCUCUUUAUGCACGAGUUCAAGAGCUUUUUUGGUGUUACUGAAAACCCAGAAGCAGCGGAUUACAUAGAAAACAUGUUCCGGGCUUUUGAUAAAAAUGGGGACAACACUAUCGAUUUUCUGGAAUACGUGGCGGCCUUGAAUCUAGUGCUGCGAGGGAAGUUGGAGCACAAACUGAAAUGGACAUUUAAAAUGUAUGACAAGGAUGGAAGCGGUUGCAUCGACAAAACAGAGCUCAAGGAGAUUGUGGAGUCAAUCUACAGACUAAAGAAAGCCUGCCAUGGUGAACUUGAUGCAGAAUGUAACCUGCUUACCCCCGAUCAAGUGGUGGACAGGAUAUUUGAGCUGGUGGAUGAGAAUGGAGAUGGAGAGCUUUCUCUGGAUGAGUUCAUCGACGGGGCUCGACGUGACAAGUGGGUCAUGAAGAUGCUGCAAAUGGACGUGAACCCCGGGGACUGGAUCAAUGAACAGAGACGCCGCAGCGCCAACUUCUGAACUCCACAUUCACCAAAAUAACCCUUAACACAAGCCUGCCCUUUAACCAGUCUCAGUCCUGGGUCAUCAAAGUCAAUUUUGAGUCAUCAGUAUAAACUGUAUAUAUUUCUAUCUACUAGUUUACAUCUCCUAGUCCUUUUCUGACCAACAGAAUUUGUUCUGUUUUCAUGUAUAUAUUCAUUUUUUUCUUCAUUGUUUUUUGUUUAUGUCUUUCUGUUAUUAGGAAUACUAUUAUUCUGCAUAUAAGUCCAUCUGACUUUACUGUAUUUGGCAUAUUACUCAGUUUAUACACAACAGCCAGUUUCAAAUGGGCAUAUCUCACGUUUGUAAAUAUAUGAAUAUUGUAAAGACCGAAGUCUCUUGAAGGUCCUAAUUGUAAAGGCACUGAAUCUGUACAUGUCUCAAAAAUAAA